AUUAGCUACGAUUAUAUAUUGACACAAGUGUCGUAAGAUACUUUGCGUAUAUUUCACGGUUUAUAUAAAUUGGGGUUCCGCGUGAAACUGUAUCGAAUUAAAGCGCGCAAGGAUGGCGAAAUUCGCUCUUCUAUUUUGUCUUCUUAUUUUCUCUGCCUAUGGCAACUCCCAGUUUCUUCCUUCGUUCCUCAAUCCGACGAAGAAAGUGCAACAAUAUGAAAAACAUGUUAUCAAAGAGAUCAACAAUAUCAUUAAUAAGGCGAACACGAUCUUUCUUCGGCCUAAAGAGCAAGCUAAGCAGCUUGUACAAGAGAUGAAAAAAAAGAGCGAGAAAAUAAACAUGGAAGCAAGAAAUUUUGUCAGUAACAUAUUAAAAACUGUGAGUUUUGAAUUAAAUAAUCUAAAGAAACAUCUAAUAAAAGACACUAGUGAGUGCGAUGCACGAGAAAAAGAAUUGGAUCAUUUAUUUGAUAAAUUCAUAAAUUUAACUAAUAAUUGUACUUCAAGAAAGUUGAAUGAAGCGAUACAGCUCACGGCUGAAAUAAACAUAAAAUCUGAAAACUUAUUGAACGAUCUCAAUAAUAUUAGUAAGAACGCAGCAAAGUGUACAACAAUAAACGAAAAUCCUCUUGAAAUCAUGAAUUGCUUAAAUGACGCACUGAAUAGGGCGAUACAAUAUUCACUUGUGGAUAUUUUAGAAACUACGAAAGAAAAUGAUUAUAUCAUUACUCUUAUUAUAAAACUAAAAAUAUCAUUAAAAAAUUGCAACAUAGAUGAAAUGAAAGAAACAUCGAAACAAAUUUCUCAAUUAAGAAACCAAAUUAAAGAAUGUUACAAAAAUCUAUAUACAAGUACCCCGAAACAUUCUUCCACAAGUGCAUGGCAACCAACGACGACAGAACCUGUGACUUAUACAUCGACCACAAGCCAAUCUAGCACAGAACAAUCAAGCAGCACAGAGGGACCAAAUAGUUCUACUGGAGCCACUUCGAGUACAGAGCAAUCAAUUUCGAGUAGCACGGAAGGAUCGUCUGGCUCUAGUACAGAACAAUCCAGUUCAAGUAGCACAGAACGACCACCUAGCUCUAGUACACAGUCCACUUCAGAUAGCACCGAAGGAUCAUCUAGCUCUAGUACAGGACAGCCAUCCUCAAGCAGCACAGGAGCAUCAUCUAGCUCUAAUACAGAACAACCAAGUUCACGUAGCACAAACCGACCAGACAGUUCGAGUACAGCACAAUCAAGCAGCACAGGAGGAUCAUCUAGCUCUAGUACAGAACAACCAAGUUCAGGUAGCACAGAAAGACCAUCUAGCUCUAGUACAUCAUCCACUUCAGGAGGAGGAUCACAUAGCUCUAGUACAGAACAAUCAAGUUCAGGUAGCACAGAAAGACCAUCUGGGUCUAGUACACCGUCCACUUCAGGAGGAGGAUCACAUAGCUCUAGCACAGAAAGACCAUCUGGCUCUAGUACACCGUCCACUUCAGGAGGAGGAUCACAUAGCUCUAGUACAGAACAACCAAGUUCAGGUAGCACAGAAAUACCAUCUGGAUCUAGUACACCGUCCACUUCAGGAGGAGGAUCACAUAGCUCUAGUACAGAAAGACCAUCUGGCUCUAGUACACCGUCCACUUCAGGAGCAGGAUCACAUAGCUCUAGUACAGAAAGACCAUCUGGCUCUAGUACACCGUCCACUUCAGGAGGAGGAUCACAUAGCUCUAGUACAGAACAACCAAGUUCAGGUAGCACAGAAAUACCAUCUGGAUCUAGUACACCGUCCACUUCAGGAGGAGGAUCACAUAGCUCUAGCACAGAAAGACCAUCUGGCUCUAGUACACCGUCCACUUCAGGAGGAGGAUCACAUAGCUCUAGUACAGAACAACCAAGUUCAGGUAGCACAGAAAUACCAUCUGGAUCUAGUACACCGUCCACUUCAGGAGGAGGAUCACAUAGCUCUAGUACACCGUCCACUUCAGGAGGAGGAUCACAUAGCUCUAGUACAGAACAACCAAGUUCAGGUAGCACAGAAAUACCAUCUGGAUCUAGUACACCGUCCACUUCAGGAGGAGGAUCACAUAGCUCUAGUACACCGUCCACUUCAGGAGGAGGAUCACAUAGCUCUAGUACAGAACAACCAAGUUCAGGUAGCACAGAAAUACCAUCUGGAUCUAGUACACCGUCCACUUCAGGAGGAGGAUCACAUAGCUCUAGCACAGAAAGACCAUCUGGCUCUAGUACACCGUCCACUUCAGGAGGAGGAUCACAUAGCUCUAGUACAGAACAACCAAGUUCAGGUAGCACAGAAAUACCAUCUGGAUCUAGUACACCAUCCACUUCAGGAGGAGGAUCACAUAGCUCUAGUACAGAACAACCAAGUUCAGGUAGCACAGAAAGACCAUCUGGAUCUAGUACACCGUCCACUUCAGGAGGAGGAUCACAUAGCUCUAGUACACCGUCCACUUCAGGAGGAGGAUCACAUAGCUCUAGUACAGAACAACCAAGUUCAGGUAGCACAGAAAUACCAUCUGGAUCUAGUACACCGUCCACUUCAGGAGGAGGAUCACAUAGCUCUAGCACAGAAAGACCAUCUGGCUCUAGUACACCGUCCACUUCAGGAGGAGGAUCACAUAGCUCUAGUACAGAACAACCAAGUUCAGGUAGCACAGAAAUACCAUCUGGAUCUAGUACACCGUCCACUUCAGGAGGAGGAUCACAUAGCUCUAGUACACCGUCCACUUCAGGAGGAGGAUCACAUAGCUCUAGUACAGAACAACCAAGUUCAGGUAGCACAGAAAUACCAUCUGGAUCUAGUACACCGUCCACUUCAGGAGGAGGAUCACAUAGCUCUAGUACACCGUCCACUUCAGGAGGAGGAUCACAUAGCUCUAGUACAGAACAACCAAGUUCAGGUAGCACAGAAAUACCAUCUGGAUCUAGUACACCGUCCACUUCAGGAGGAGGAUCACAUAGCUCUAGCACAGAAAGACCAUCUGGCUCUAGUACACCGUCCACUUCAGGAGGAGGAUCACAUAGCUCUAGUACAGAACAACCAAGUUCAGGUAGCACAGAAAGACCAUCUGGAUCUAGUACACCGUCCACUUCAGGAGGAGGAUCACAUAGCUCUAGUACAGAAAGACCAUCUGGCUCUAGUACACCGUCCACUUCAGGAGGAGGAUCACAUAGCUCUAGUACAGAAAGACCAUCUGGCUCUAGUACACCGUCCACUUCAGGAGGAGGAUCACAUAGCUCUAGUACAGAACAACCAAGUUCAGGUAGCACAGAAAUACCAUCUGGAUCUAGUACACCGUCCACUUCAGGAGGAGGAUCACAUAGCUCUAGCACAGAAAGACCAUCUGAGUCUAGUACACCGUCUACUUCAGGAGGAGGAUCAUCCAGCUUUAGUACAGAACAACCAAGUUCAGGUAGCACAGAAAUACCAUCUGGAUCUAGUACACCGUCCACUUCAGGAGGAGGAUCACAUAGCUCUAGUACAGAACAACCAAGUUCAGGUAGCACAGAAAGACCAUCUGGGUCUAGUACACCGUCCACUUCAGGAGGAGGAUCACAUAGCUCUAGCACAGAAAGACCAUCUGGCUCUAGUACACCGUCCACUUCAGGAGGAGGAUCACAUAGCUCUAGCACAGAAAGACCAUCUGGCUCUAGUACACCAUCCACUUCAGGAGGAGGAUCACAUAGCUCUAGUACAGAACAACCAAGUUCAGGUAGUACAGAAAGACCAUCUGGCUCUAGUACACCGUCCACUUCAGGAGGAGGAUCACAUAGCUCUAGUACAGAACAACCAAGUUCAGGUAGCACAGAAAGACCAUCUGGGUCUAGUACACCGUCCACUUCAGGAGGAGGAUCGCAUAGCUCUAGCACAGAACAACCAAGUUCAGGUAGCACAGAAAGAUCAUCUGGCUCUAGUACACCGUCCAGUUCAGGAGGAGGAUCACAUAGCUCUAGUACAGAACAACCCAAUUCAGGUAACACAGAACGACCAGGCAGUUCGAGUACUGCGCAAUCAAGUAGCACAGGAGGAUGGUCUAGUACAGAUCAAUCCAAUUCAGGUAGUACAGAACGACCAGGCAGUUCGAGUACUGCGCAAUCAAGCAGCACAGGAUCAUCUAGCUCUAAUACAGGACAGCCAACUUCAGUCAGUACAGAUUCAGGCACAACAGUAAUAUAUACAGACAAAUUCACGAAUAGUACAAUAGAAGUAUCUACGGAUGUCACAGCAAGCUCCUCGAAUAGUACAAUGAAAGUAUCUACUGAUAUCACAGAGGGAUCUCCUUCAAGUGCACCUUCUACCACACCAAUCUCAAAUACCACUUUGCCUCCUUGUAUAUGUUUUAGUUAUGGUUAUUAAUUUAUUCAGUUAUAACAUAUGAAAAAUAUUUUUUUUUUUGUUUGAAAAUACAUAUAGUUAUAUUUAUUUGUAUAUUGGAUGAAUUUAUCAAUUACUUGAACUAUAUGUCAUUGUUCAUAAUAAAUUUGUAUUGUUGAAGUA